AUGCGCCCCCGCGCCCCCGCCGCCGGGGUGUUGGGGCUCUGCAGCGUCCUCCUGCUGCUCCGGCCCGGACACGCGUGCCCCGCGGGCUGCACCUGCACCGCCCCCCACACCGUGGACUGCCGCGAUCGCGGGCUCCCCAGCGUGCCCGACCCCUUCCCGCUGGACGUGCGCAAGCUGCUGGUGGCCGGCAACCGCAUCCAGCGCAUCCCCGAGGACUUCUUCAUCUUCUACGGCGACCUGGUGUACCUGGACCUGAGGAACAACUCGCUGCGCGCGCUGGAGGACGGCACGUUCAGCGGCUCCGCCAAGCUCGCCUUCCUCGACCUCAGCUACAACAACCUGACCCAGCUGCGCGCCGGCGCCUUCCGCUCCGCCGGGAGGCUGGUCAGGCUGAGCCUGGCCAACAACCGCCUGGCGGGCGUGCACGAGGCGGCCUUCGAGAGCCUGGAGUCGCUGCAGGUGCUGGAGCUCAACGACAACAACCUGCGCAGCCUCAACGUGGCCGCCCUGGACGCGCUGCCCGCGCUGCGCGCGCUGCGCCUGGACGGAAACCCGUGGCUCUGCGACUGUGACUUCGCCCACCUCUUCUCCUGGAUCCAGGAGAACGCCUCCAAACUGCCCAAAGGCCUGGAUGCAAUCCAGUGCUCCCUGCCCACGGAGAACCGGAGGGUGGCUCUGCACGAGCUGUCGGAGGCCAGCUUCAGCGAGUGCAAGUUCAGCCUGUCACUCACAGACCUGUUCAUCAUCAUCUUCUCCGGGGUGGCCGUCUCCAUCGCCGCCAUCAUCUCCAGCUUCUUCCUGGCCACCGUGGUGCAGUGUUUCCAGAGGUGCACCCCAAACAAGGACACCGAGGAUGAAGAUGAGGACGAGGAAGACUGAGCCACCCAGCCCAGCCAGCGACACCUCUCCAGGAGAGAGAAAUGCCAACGAGAGAGAAUGAUCACCUAGCAAGGAGCAGGGCAGAGCCGGGUCCAGGUCUGAACUUGUGAGCAUGUCCGCUCAGCGUUGGGAAUGGGCGGAGCCGAGAAAGCCAGGGAGGAUGGAAGGAAUCACUGCUGAGUGGAGUUGGGCCUCCCGACUGACUGACAGCUAAAACGCAGGGAAAGUGGAAGGACAAGGGCGCGUCUUCUAGCUGCAGAGAUCUGAGCGCUGUUCUUGCUCUGAGCUGCCCACAGUGGGGAUCCAAGUUCUCCACGGGAGUAAGAACUCUUCUUAUUUGUUCCUGAGAAACUUUGCGCAGUAGACAACGUUUGUGUCCCCUCCCCCGGGUCAGAUACUGAAGCCCACCGGCAGUGGGAUGGCCGUUAGAAGGGGCGGGGGUGGGGAAUGGGGAUGAGGCUGGAGGGUGGGGCCCUGCUGGGUGGGAUUAGCACCCUCUCCUCCUCCUGCUUCUCCAUGGGGCUGGAGGCAGUGAGGGGCUGCCCAUGUGUGCACCAGGAAGCGGGCCUCACUGGGACCAGGGGGCCCAACUUCAGCUUCCGAACCAGUGAGAAAUAAA